AUGGGUACCGGACAACAAUUUAGUCAGCACUUGGUGAAGUGUAUAGAGGCCAACUUGAAGACGGCUAGGUGCUUCACGGUAACUGUGUACGACAGGGAUAACUCCGAGUUCACCGUCGCAGAGACAACUCCGACUGGUUCUUUCUCACUGGGUACCUACAGAGUCUCGCUUGCAUCUCACACAUGUGACUGCGGAUACUUCCAGGCACUUCAUUUCCCAUGUCCCCACGUACUGGCAUGCUGUGCCUACUCACGGCUUACAUGGGAGCCUUACGUCCACCAGGUGUAUCGUCUUAGUUCGGUCUUUAGUGUGUAUCAGAUGGGUUUCACACCUCCCAUUCCGGAGGGUUUCUGGCCACCAUAUGAUGGGCCGACUGUCAUCCCUGACCCCAAUAAGAGGCGUGCGAGAGAGGGUCGUCCCAGGUCCACUCGGAUACGGACCAAUAUGGACGAGACAGAUCCGAACCGGCCAAAGAGAUGUGGGCUUUGUCGGCAGCCCGACCACACACGUCGGAGUUGCCCACAGCUCGGAGGAGCAGAGCACACACGGAGACAUGAUUAG